AUGGCAUACCCAUUCCAACUAGGCCUACAAGAUGCUUCCUCUCCUAUCAUAGAAGAACUCAUAAACUUCCAUGACCACACACUAAUAAUUGUAUUCCUUAUUAGCUCUUUAGUGCUCUACUUAAUCUCACUAAUACUAACUACAAAACUCAUUCACACAAGCACAAUAGAUGCCCAAGAAGUAGAGACUAUCUGAACAAUUCUGCCAGCCAUUAUCCUAAUCCUAAUUGCCCUCCCCUCCCUACGUAUUCUAUAUAUAAUAGACGAGAUCAAUAAUCCCGUUUUAACAGUAAAAACUAUAGGACAUCAAUGAUAUUGAAGCUACGAGUAUACCGAUUACGAAGAUCUUUGCUUCGAUUCGUACAUAAUUCCAACCAACGAGCUUAAACCAGGAGAACUUCGCCUUCUAGAAGUCGACAACCGAAUUAUUCUACCAAUAGAACUUCCCAUCCGUAUAUUGAUUUCAUCAGAAGAUGUUCUACAUUCAUGAGCCAUCCCCUCUUUAGGGUUAAAAACAGAUGCCAUCCCAGGACGACUCAAUCAAGCUACAAUUUCAUCUAAUCGCCCUGGUGUAUUCUAUGGCCAAUGCUCAGAAAUCUGCGGAUCUAAUCACAGCUUUAUACCCAUUGUCCUUGAAAUAAUUCCACUAAAAUUCUUUGAAAAUUGAUCCACGUCAAUAACGUAA